UAGUCUUUACACAGACACUCUCUCUCUCUCUCUCUCUCUCUCUCUCUCUCUCUCUCUCUCUCUGUUAUCAGAACUCAGACAAAUUCAGAAGCCAUGGCCUCCUGCGCUGCGAGGCUACUCUUCCAACCCGCACGUGUCAACUCCCACGUGCCACUCUCCCCUUUAACUGUUUCUUCCCGCUCACCAUUGCUCAUCACUUGGGACAAAGACAAAGACAUCAUCAACAACCGGUUCCUCUUUAAGCUCAGCCAACGGAGUCUGACGUCAGUAGCCAAGUCUUCACCGGAAAGUGACGGCAUUGUACCGGCCGACGAAGAUGGUGUCUCUCUUGGGACUUUGAAAUUGCCUUCCAAUACUAAUCUUCAGAGAUUUGAGAGCUUGCUCUUCCAGUGGGGCAACAGUCUUUGCCAAGGAGCUAAUCUGCCACUACCUGUACCUUUGAAGGUAGACAAAAUUCCUGGUGGAGCUAGACUAGGUUUUAUUACGAUUGGUGAUGGGAAGACUGAGGUACUCGUGUACAUAGAUUGCUUGGUUUUUCCAGCAACUGCUGAUUCUGGUCCAGUUUUCCGAGCUAUAAGAAAUGGACCCUUAAAAGAUCAGUCACCUCCUGGUGAGCCAAGAAUCAUGAGAAGUCUUCUGGAAGCGCUAAAGAAGUCCGUGGAAAUCGCUAGAGUUUGAACGAGUAUUUUUGUGUGUGUUAUAUGUAAUAUUUUUUACUAUUAGUGUGUUAAAUUUAAUAGUAUAGAUUCUGUUUUAAUUAUAUCAACGUUUUCAUGCAUAGUUUGUACUUUAAUGAAGCUUGGUUUUUGCAGAGAUCUUAAGUCCUUGUCUCAUGUAUAUGCUUGCCGACCAAUAGAUCAUCCAGGGUUUAGAAUCUAAACGGAUUACCUUAGGCUGUUAGUUUAUUAAGAAGGUGAUGUAAAAUUGUUUAUAAACAGUGUCGAUCAGUAUGAAGCAUUUGCUUUCUACAUGCAUGCUGGGAUAAGAACGCUGGAAAUGAUGUGCUUUCUUAUACUA